CAACCUUUGAGAAGCCAGAAUCUAGAGUCUCAUUUCCAAAGAAGUAGUGUUUGUUGUGUGCAACAGCACAAGCCCCACACUAAAUACCAACAAAGUUCAGUUACCAAGGGAAGCUGGACCUCAGCUGGCUUUGGUCAAAGUGGGCAGCUUUGGUCCAGCUGCCAAAGCUGCCCCAUUUGGUCAAAGCUGCCCCAUUCUCUCUACUAUAUACCCUUUUUUCUACAUGCAUCCAUUCACCAAAUCUUUACUGAUGAUCCACUAAUAAACUACAAGUUCUGAGGGGUUCAAAGAUGAAUCAGAUUUGGUACCUUGAGCUGGGGUGGGGGGGGGAAUUCACAGUGGGAAACAUAUUGUAAAACAAAGUACAAUGUGAAGUGGUAAGUGCUGAUAUUAAUAAAAGACAUAUGUACAAAGAGAUGAGCCAACGCAAAGGAACAAUACUAACAGCUUCCUGGAGUAACAGCCACUGGGGGAGCUGCAUGAAAGAUUGCUAAUCUUUCCAAGUAAGGGCACCACUGUAAACAAAGUCCUUGCCAGGCCCAGCCAGUGAUAAACAAGUAUGAUAAACAAAUAUGCAUUGAUGCCUUGAAGCCUUUGAUACCAAGACCCUAUAUUCUGGAAGCUCAACAUGGGGAAUGCUUCCUAUGUUUGUGCCCCUAGUCUCUAGCUUUAUAUUGCAAGUAAAUCUAAGGAAGCAAGAGACUUUUAGAGGAUGAGACCCUCAAAAGGAUGGAGGUGGCCAUUAUCUUAUUCCAAAGAGCUUCAGUACCUGCAUCCUAUCCCCUGUGUCAGAACUCAACUGAUCAUUUCCCUAGUUACAGAACAUUUGAGUCUUUACCCUUUGUCAUUUUGACAAAGCUCUUAAUUGGCUUGACCCAUCACACUGCUAGAUAUAAAGGCUACAAUCCCUAGACUAAGAAGUAGGUCUGCAGUUGGGGUAGGGAGUCUCAGCCAGUGUAGGAAGGGUAGAAGAACCAACAGCCUGCUCUCACCCGGUUCCACAUAGACCAGCUUUUAGGGAACUAAAGAACUGAUACUCCAUCCCAAUUUAUUUUUUCCUUUUCUUCCAUCUCAUAUGUAGGAAAACAUACAAGAGAAGCUUAAGAGUCUGAGGAGGCAGCUGAGGAAGAGACAGCAGAGAUGGGCAGUGGAAUCAGUGCUGAGGACAAAGAACUGGCCAAGAGGUCCAAGGAGCUAGAAAAGAAGCUGCAGGAGGAUGCAGACAGAGAAGCCAAGACGGUCAAGCUGCUGCUGCUGGGUGCUGGGGAGUCAGGAAAGAGCACCAUCGUCAAACAGAUGAAGAUCAUUCACCAGGACGGCUAUUCUCCAGAAGAAUGCCUGGAGUUCAAGUCUAUCAUCUACGGGAACGUGCUGCAGUCCAUCCUGGCUAUCAUCCGGGCCAUGUCCACACUGGGAAUUGACUACGCUGAACCAAGCUGUGCGGAUGAUGGACGACAGCUCAACAACCUAGCUGACUCCAUUGAGGAGGGAACCAUGCCUCCCGAGCUGGUGGAGGUCAUCAGGAAGUUGUGGAAGGAUGGUGGGGUGCAAGCCUGCUUCGAGAGGGCCGCAGAGUACCAGCUCAAUGACUCGGCAUCUUACUACCUAAACCAGCUGGAACGAAUUACAGACCCUGACUACCUCCCUAAUGAGCAAGAUGUGCUACGAUCCAGAGUCAAAACCACAGGCAUCAUCGAGACCAAGUUUUCCGUCAAAGACUUGAAUUUCAGGAUGUUUGAUGUGGGAGGCCAAAGAUCAGAGAGAAAGAAGUGGAUCCACUGCUUUGAAGGAGUCACCUGCAUCAUUUUCUGCGCAGCCCUCAGUGCCUAUGAUAUGGUGCUUGUCGAAGAUGACGAAGUGAAUCGUAUGCAUGAGUCUUUGCAUCUGUUCAACAGCAUAUGUAACCACAAGUUCUUUGCGGCUACUUCCAUUGUCCUCUUUCUCAACAAGAAGGACCUCUUUGAGGAAAAAAUCAAGAAAGUCCAUCUCAGCAUUUGUUUUCCAGAGUAUGAUGGGAACAACUCCUAUGAGGAUGCAGGGAAUUAUAUCAAGAGCCAGUUCCUUGACCUGAAUAUGCGAAAAGAUGUCAAAGAAAUCUACAGUCACAUGACCUGUGCUACAGAUACACAGAAUGUCAAAUUUGUGUUUGAUGCAGUUACAGAUAUCAUCAUCAAAGAAAACCUCAAGGACUGCGGGCUCUUCUAAUCCUCACCAUUCCUCAGGUAUACAUUCUAUUAAUACAAACAGAAUUGGAAUCUGGAUAAUUUCAAGCAGAAAAUUAUAGUCAAUAUACCAUGCAUGACACAAGGAAUGAAUCCGUUCUUUGUAGAUUCGCUUUGUUGUCCAGGCUAGAGUGAGUGCAGUGGCAUCAGCCUAGCUCACAGCAACCUCAAACUCCUGGGCU